AUGGAGAAGCAAAUUGCAGACCUGAAGCAGCAGCUAGAAAAACAAUGUCUGAUCAACAAGGAGCUGCAGAGGCAAAACGAGGAACUGGAAAAGCGACUGCAAGAGAAAGAAAACCUCUUGCAACAACUGCACAGUCAGUACCAUGAUCUGGAGUUUCCUUCGCAGAGCGGUAAUGAGGUUGAAGCGGAGGUCAGAACGAGUCGCGCGGCUGUCAUCGCCUCUGAACCGAUCCCUGAGACCCUGGAGAUUAUUGGCAACAAGGUCAAGAAAACUGCCAGCGAAACCAGUCUGAUCGUCAAGGCCAUCCAGACCAACGACUUCCUGAGCCGCCUCGACGAUGAGCAGAUCGCCAUGAUGGUUGAUCUGCUAAUGGCCUGCAAGUACAAACCGGGGGAAGAAGUCAUCAAAGAGGGCUCCGAAGGCGACAGCAUGUACAUAGUAGCAGCUGGCGAGCUUCUUGUGACUCAGGCGGGUCGAAACCUCCGAACUCUGAACACCGGGGAUGUUUUCGGGGAAUUGGCCAUUUUGUACAACUGUAAACGGACAGCCACGGUCAAAGCAAAGACAGCGGUACAUCUGUGGUGCAUGGAGCGGCAGACCUACAGGACCAUCAUCACCAACAAGUCCAAGAAGAAACGCGAGCAGCUCAUGGGCUUCCUCAAGACGUCUCGUACUCUGAAGGACCUGAAUGACGUCCAGUUGUCCAAAAUUAUUGACUCCAUGGAGGAGAUAAAGUACCAGGACAAAGAUGUUAUCGUUCGGGAGGGAGCUGAAGGAAACACUUUCUACAUCAUCCUUAAAGGAGAGGUCUUGGUGACUAAGAACGUGAACGGGCAUCAGAAGCAGAUUCGCAGGAUGGGGAAAGGAGAGCAUUUCGGGGAACAGGCCCUUAUACGAGAGGUGCUGCGGACCGCCACCUGCACUGCCGACGGGCCUGUUACUUGCUUCUCCAUUGACAAGGAGGUGUUUGAGGAGACGAUUCCUGUGGAGCACCUGGAGCUGUUUGAUGACUCAAAAGUGAUGCAGGAGGCACAAACGCCGCAGAAGUCAACAACCAGCUCCACUCUGAGGUUUCAGGAUCUGGUGCCUGUGGUGUAUCAGGAGGGCCGGUUUCAGGGAGAUCCGGUCACACUUGGAGUUGGCGGAUUUGGUCGUGUGGAGCUAAUGACCACGGUGAAUCACGGCAAAUAUUACGCCAUGAAACGUGUCAGCAAGAAGCACAUUGUUGCCAAGAGGCAGGAGGAGCACAUGCUGUUUGAGAAGAAGAUCCUGAAAGCCACCCAGUGUGAAUUCAUCGUCAGACUUUACGCGGCUUUCAAAGACACACGGUACAUCUACAUGAUCAUGGAGUUCUGUGGCGGUGGAGAGGUCUGGACCAAACUCAAAGAAGUAGGACGCUUCGAUGAGCCCAUCGCCGUGUUCUGCACGGCCUGCGUGGUGGAGGCGUACGCCUACCUGCAUAAAAAGAACAUCAUGUACAGAGACCUGAAACCCGAGAACUUGAUGCUGGAUGUGAAAGGCUACGUCAAACUGGUGGACUUUGGUUUUGCUAAAGAGCUGGUGCGUGGUGAGAAGACCUACUCGUUCGUCGGGACUCCUGAGUACAUGGCUCCAGAGAUCAUCAAGAACCAAGGACACGACUUCGCAGUUGACUUCUGGUCUCUCGGCAUCCUGGUCUUUGAAUUACUGGUGGGAAGCCCUCCUUUCUCAAGCACAGAGCCCCAAAAGAUUUAUUCCAAAAUCCUGGAUGGGGUCCUCAAGUAUCCGCCCUACUUGAGUGAGGCUUCCAAGUCCAUUAUCAGUAAACUGUGCAGACCUCGGCCGGGUCAAAGGUUGGGAAACACCAAGAACGGAAUCAAAGAUGUCCGGCAUCACAGGUGGUUCAGCAGUAUGAACUGGCACAAGCUGCGAAUGUGUCAGAUUGAAGCUCCAACGGUGCGGCUCAUACGCAAGGGUCCAAGCUACGUCAACUUUGACCGAUUCCCUCAGGACCAGACGAAGGCGGAGGAAGAGUUCUCCGGCUGGGACCGUGACUUCUGAUUUCCAAGGCUGAG